AUGCAGCUCUCUGUAUUUCGGGUGCAGCUACUGGUUCUUCUCGGCGUUGCCGUUGUCUCGGCCUCGGCUGAUGCGGCGUUUCCAAGAGCGGCGCUCCCGACAAGCUCCGGCUACCUCCCCGUCGACCCGUCCACCGACGCCUCGCUCUUCUUCGCCUUCUACGAGGCCAGUGCCUCGCUCACCGCGCCGGCCGACACGCCGCUGCUCCUCUGGCUUGAGGGUGGCCCCGGCUGCCCCGGCCUGCUCAGCAACUUCCUCCAGCUCGGUCCCUAUUCUCUCAGCUGCCGCCCCGGCAAUGGCGCAUCCAUUUCCCGCAACCCCUUCGCUAGGAACCGCUGCUUCGGGCUGCUCUUCCUCGACAGCCCGCUCGGCACCGGCUUCAACGCCGCGCCGUCCACCACAGACAUCCCGCGGAGCCAGCCCGCCAUCGCCGAGCACGUCCUUGCCGCGCUCGAGUCCUUCGACGCCAGCCCGGCUCACUUCCGCGCGCGGCCCUUCUUCCUCGCUGGUGAUAGCUAUGCCGGCAAGUACGUCCCCGCGGCAGGGUCGCGCAUCCUCGCCGCGAAACUGUUGUUCCGCCCGCUGCUCGCCGACCGGACGACGCACUCCUCGUAG